UAUGCCCGGAGUGCCGCCAUGGGGGCCCAAGGGGCUUCUGGGGCCCGCGUCGGGACCGAGGAGCGGCUUUAGGAGUCACCAGAUCGCCCUCGCCGGCCUCCCGAUCCUGUCAGAGGCUCCCCGUUUCGCCUUCAGCAUGGGAGAACCCACCGAGACCGUGCCGGAUUCUGGUGCUGUGUUUACAUUCGGAAAAACUAAAUUUGCUGAAAAUGUUCCUAGCAAAUUCUGGUUUAAAAAUGACAUUCCUGUUCAUCUGUCAUGUGGGGAUGAACAUACUGCUAUUGUUACAGGAAAUCAUAAGCUUUACAUGUUUGGCAGUAACAAUUGGGGCCAGUUAGGAUUAGGAUCAAAGUCAACUGUUAGCAAGCCAACGUGUGUCAAAGCGUUAAAGCCUGAAAAAGUGCUGUUUGCUGCCUGUGGAAGGAACCACACGAUCAUUUUGACAGAGGGAGGCAGAGUGUACGCAGCCGGCGGAAAUGAUGAAGGCCAGCUGGGACUUGGAGACACAGAAGAAAGAAACACUUUCCAGCAGAUCAGGUUCUUUACAUCCCAGUGUAAGAUUAAACAGCUUGCUGCCGGAUCGAAUACUUCAGCUGCAUUAACUGAGGAUGGAGAGCUUUUUAUGUGGGGUGACAAUUCUGAAGGACAAAUAGGCUUAAGUGAUUUAUCAAAUGUGUGUGUCCCUCAUCAAGUGAGCGUUGGGAAACCCAUCUCUUGGAUCUCUUGUGGAUAUUACCAUUCUGCUUUUGUAACAACGGAAGGGGAACUGUACACGUUUGGAGAACCUGAUGGUGGGAAAUUAGGUCUUCCCAAAGAGCUGCUCAUCAACCACGGAACACCCCAGCAGGUAUCUGCAAUUUGUGAGAAGGUGAUCCAAGUAGCUUGUGGUGGAGCGCACACUGUGGUUCUCUCAGAGAAAGCUGUGUACUCCUUUGGACUGGGACAGUUUGGCCAGCUGGGUCUGGGCACUUUUAUUUUUGAAACCCCAGAACCCAAAGUCGUUGAUCAUGUUAAGGAUCAGAAAAUAAGGUAUAUUUCCUGUGGAGAAAAUCACACAGCUUUGAUAACAGACAUGGGUCGUCUCUAUACUUUUGGAGAUGGUCGACAUGGAAAAUUAGGGCUUGGACUGGAGAAUUUUACCAAUCAAUUUGUUCCUACUUCAUCCCCUAAUUUUUUGAGAUUUGUAAUUCACUUGGUUGCUUGUGGUGGAUGCCACAUGCUUGUUUUCGCCACUCCGAGAAGUGGUGUGGUCGAAGAAGUUGACUUAGAUGAAGGAAGCGACUCGGGCUUACCUGCAUCGCCUUUUCUACCCUUCAGCGAUCACACCUCAGGAUACGCACUACAUAGAACUUUAUCAGCACGUGUACGGCGACGAGAAAGGGAGAAAUCCCCGGAUUCCCUGCGAAUGACUCGGACACUACCUCCAAUUGAAGUGACUGCUGCACCACCUGUUUGCUUUUCCCCCAGUGUAGUUCCUUUCCGUCUGCCUGCAAGUCCUCUGCCAGAAAAGAAGGUGCCCGAAAAGGGGGACCUCUUGCAGCCAGUAGAACCAGAUUAUUCUGAAGAUAAAAUGGCCAGAGAAAAAGAAACAGAUAAUUCUUCAGCAGGAGAUACAGAGAGUCUUGGAGAAACUACUGAUGUCUUAAAUAUGACACACAUGAUGAGCCCAAAUGCCAAUGACAAGCCAUUAAAAUUGUCACCAGUUCAAAAACAAAAGAAACAAGAAACAGUUGAGCAACUGAAGCAGUGUACAGUUCAUGCUGAAAGUGAUGCUAGUAAUGAAUACGAAGAGCUGUCCCCAAAACUGAAAGAAGGGAAAGCACAUAACCAGCUUUUGGCAACAGGAAUGUACAUGGCGCAAGAAGCUGUGACUCUGGAAGCAUUUUCAGAUGAGUAUGUAGAUAAUAUUCCAGAGGAGCAGGAAGGAAUGGAGGAUUCAGAAUCAAGUGAAAUAGAGGAGCGUGAGAUAGAGGAAACUAUGAAGGAACCUGAAGGAAAAGAGGAGGAAGUAGAGAUCCUGUCAGAUGACCUUACAAACAGAACAGAGGUGAGUGAAAGCGAGGGAGAGGUAGUACGGGAGGCUGAGGAUGUGCCUGAAAGUGGGGGUGGGGGGGUCUGGAAAAAGGGCAAUUCAGGAGUGGAACAGAGGCCAAGUGAGGAGGGAAAGAAGGUGAAAGGCAAGUGGGGAGCAGAAAUGGAGAGCCUGAGUAAUGGAGAGAAAGAUCUAGAAGAGGAGGAAGAACUGGAGCAAAAGGAAAAGGCACAAGACCAUCUGGAAGAAAGAAAAGGGGAGGAGCAAGGAGAGAGAAGUGGGCAGGAAGAGGAAGAGAUAGGUGAGGAGAAAGAAGAAGAAAAGGAGGAAGGGGAGGAGGGAGAAGAGGGGAAAAGGAAAGAAAAAGGACUUAUGGAAGGACAGAGGGGAGAGAAGAGAAAGGAGGAAGAGGCAGGUGGAUGGAAAGAGGAAGAAGCAGAGGCAGAAAUGGAGGGGGGAGGGGAGGAAAGAGAGAAAGAAGAGGAGGAGGGGGAAGAGGCAGGGGAGGAAGGAGAGGGAAAAGGGGACCAGGGGGUGGAGGGGGAAGAAGAAGGGGGUCUGGGGGAGGAGAAGGGAGAAGGAGGCCAGGGGGAGGAAGGCGAAGAAGGGGACCAAUGGGAGGAGGGUGGAGAAGAAGGGGAUCUGAGGGAGGAGGGGGGAGAAGGGGACCAGGGGGAAGAGGGGGAAGAAGGGGAUCUGGGGGAAGAGAGUAUAGAAGAAGGGGGUCUGGGGGAGGAGGGGGAAGAAGGGGAUCAGGGGGAGGAGGGGGAAGAAGGGGAUCAGGGGGAGGAGGGGGAAGAAGGGGACCAGUGGGAGGAGGGUAGAGAAGAAGAGGAUCUGGGGGAGGAGGGGGAAGAAGGGAACCUGGGGGAGGAGGGAGGAGAAGAAGGGGAUCAGGGGGAGGAGGGGGAAGAAGGGGAUCUGGGGGAGGAGUGGGAAGAAGGGGACCUGGGGGAGGAGGGGGGAGAAGAAGGGAAUCUGGGAGAGGAGGGGGAAGAAGGGGACCAGGGGGAGGAGAGGGAAGAGCAAGACCAGGGAGAAGAGGGUGGAGAAGAAGGGGAUCUGGGAGAGGAGAGGGGAGAAUGGGGCCAGGAGGAGGAGGAAGAAGGGGGAUGGGAGGAGCAAGAGAGGGAAGGGGAAGAAGGGGAGAAGGGAGGAGAGGAAGGAGAGGGGGAAAGUGAGUGGGAGGGAGGGGAGAGGGAAGGUAAGGUCCGGGAAAAGGAGGAGGAGGAAGGGAAGGGCAGUGAGAAAGAGGAGAGGCGAUGCCUGGAGAGAGGUAAUAGGGAGAGUAGGAAGCAGGGAAGACAGGAUAUGGGAAGAGAGUCCAAGAAAACAAGCACAGUCAGGGCAUCUCUGAAGUGUGACAAAGAUAAGGCGUAUCACAGUGAGUUUAUUACUGGUGCAGAGGGAAAGCGGGUAAAGCAUGAAGUACAGAGCUUUAAUAUGACAAUGCAGUCCGAACAAUUUGCAGAAAAUGAGCCACCAGGCUCCAAAACAUUCUGGAAUCAUGUAUUACCACACUAUUUGGAAUUGAAAUAA